CGGUCCCAAAUCACCCCUAACAACCUUGGUGGGAAUCGCCUGGGAAAAAACUCCAACCAGACAAGCCUUUGCCUGGACUGGGCUUGGUUGAAUCCAUUCAAAAGGCUUCAGCUCCCGCACUCACAUCUUCACUUUGCUCCCCUUUCCCACCCAUCCCGUCCGACAGUCUCUCCAAAAAGGCAAGCACGGUUACGGCUAGCAAUCUUUAUCAUAUCCAACUUAGACAGCCGCUCGCUCUUUCAAUCGAUUGGACACCCAUAUCAGUCCUUCUUCGAUCCAGCCAACAAACAGCACUAACUAGCCUGAACUCGAAGCCCACCCUCGGAUAUCGAACAGGUUCUCACCAGUGAUCGAUAUAAAAAAGAGAAUAAGGGGAAAGCAUUGAAAGAGAGGAAAACCCGGCGCAAAUUCAAUUCUCGUUCUUGGGAAAAAGGCUUUCUGUCUCGUCUCGGUGUGCUAGUUUUAGCAUUACGGUACUCAGUAACCUUAUCUUUUCCUUAGUACUAGCAUCCAAUUGCCUGUACUGUACUGUGCGUAUUUGAGACCUGUGCGAUUUGGUCCUCUGCCAUCCGCCCAGCAACGCCCACCCCUGGUCAAUUUGGCACUUGGUCUGGAUCAGCUUAACCAUCUCGAUCCCUCUCGAGAUAGGCUAAGACUUCGACGUCUUUUCGACUCAACUUGACUCUUUGCCUCAUAGUCGUAAGGGCGACGACUCUCCCUGUCGUCGGACGUAUUCACGAUUACGUCUCUAUCGAGUCUUGUUCGCCCCUCCUUCAAAUGUCAUUCGAACGAGUAUAACGACCGCCGUCACACGCUAUCGUCGAAACCCCGCCACGAGCUAAUCUCCCAUCAUCCAUCUAAUACUUGGUUCGCCCACGAGCCGAUUUCAGUACAAUUCAACCUGUGCAAACCUUGGCUUCAGGCCAUUUGCCCAGACGCUCGUUCGAUACCAUUACAGAGGUGUUACUGCAGCAUUGACUUACUGCAGAACUACCUCUUCAAUACUCCAUCGCCGUGUCUUCGAUAUCGAGCAGCUCUCAGUAGCUGACGUGCUUCGACAGAAUUCGAUUAAACCCGGGUUCCCUCGAAUCGUCCUGCUGCUUCAUUACCAUCAUUCACAAUGGAAGCCUCUUCACCUUUGGCGGCAUUACACCGCCCGUCAAUGCUCCCUAGUUGGGGUAGUCGAGAUGUCUUUCGCGGGCACCCCCAUUACUCUACAUCUUCUGUCACAUCUGCAAGCAUGAGCCUGCGCGAGCAGAUGCACAAGCAUUCUGGAGACUAUUUCAACGUCAAGGACGUACGAGGCUCCUCGCCCGCUGCGAGUUUGGCUGCUGAUCUUUCCCAGAACUUCCGACUUGACAGCGAUUCAAGUCCUCAGUUCCCCACUCCCAGAAGAGCACUCUUCACGGCUGGCAUGAUGGGCAGCUUGGAAGGUCGAGAUUCAGUCACAACUCCCCCAUUACCAUCCUCGUCGCCUGCCCCACUGGCCGAGCUCAAGGAGUUAAUGGAGGUAUCACCUCUGCCUCACAAGACACCUUUCUUCACCCAGUUCGAGAUAACUUCUCCAACUCCGGGGUCUACACCAGCCGCUGACGAUGAAAUGAUUCUUGAUUCCCCGGCUCCUAUCUCUCGGCAGUCUUCCUUGGAACCUCCCAAGCCCAUCAUGGCUGAAAACCGUAGAAUAGCUGUCCCACGGAGACCAUCCCUAACCCGGAUGAAGGGUUUCAGUACCACGGCCGUACCAAGUCGCCAGGCUGAUACGGAGCUGCCUCCGUUCCGCUUCGGUGCUGGCUCUCGCCUGAAUCAUACCAGCUCCAAUCUGUCUCUCAGCGAAUGUUUCGAGUCGACAUCACCACCUCAGGAGCGCAGGCCCGCGUCUGCCAACAGUCCAUGCCCUGGUCUUUCUGUCGGCCGCGCUAGACCCCAAUUCCUCAACUUCAAUGCAUGCUCUCGCAGCAAUGGCUCUCCUUCCAUGAACUCACAUUCCCGGCGACAGUCCAAUCCCUUUCUCAGAAAUCGAAAGCAGUUCCGUCGGUCAUUAAGCAUGUUCGAGCAUCCCGCUGACAUAAUGAAGAGCAAUUCAGAGGGAGAGGAGACUACUUCUUCCGCGCUUCAAUCGGUUAUGGAUGUGGAGGAGGCUCAAGAGCCCGUUCUCCCCCAUUUCCUUUUGGAAGACCCCACCGAUACCAUUCCUCGCAUCACUCGAGAGACACUCGUCGACGUCUUGGAUGGCAAGUACAGCUCCCACUUCGACCAGAAGAUCGUGAUCGACUGCCGAUUUGAGUAUGAAUAUGAGGGUGGCCACAUUGACGGUGCUGUCAACUACAAUGAUAAGGACCUGCUCACAAAUCAGCUCUUCCAGACUCCUAUGGAUGGACGGACGCUUCUCAUCUUCCACUGCGAGUAUUCAGCCCACCGUGCCCCCCUGAUGGCUCGUCAUGUUCGAUCUGAGGACCGCACCGUGAAUGCUGAAUUCUACCCAAAACUUACAUACCCCGAAGUCUACAUUCUAGACGGUGGGUAUUCGGGCUUCUUCACCGAACACCGGGGCCGUUGCUAUCCUCAAGAAUACGUUGAGAUGUCCGAUGAGGCUCACCAGCGCACUUGCGAACGCGAGAUGGGCCGAUUGAAAUCUCGUAAAGGUCUCAGCCGUGCCGCGACCUUUGCUUUUGGUCAACGUGAGCCUUGUGUGGACGAGUCACCAACUGCUCCCAGCAGACCUCAGUCACGAACUCUCCAUGCACCAAUCUCCCUCCUUGGUGCCUCCCCCAUGAUUGGCGAUCGAUCACAUGCUCGCCGUAUGGCCUCUUACUAGACGUUUUAUGAUCUUUACGACUUGGUCUGUUUUGCACGUGGUAGAGUUCGACUCUAUCGGUGCUGGUUUCACCUUGUCUGCUCCUUCAGGUCUAUGGUCAUUCCUCUCCAUCGUUUCCUCCCAACAAUGUUGUCUAGGGGAUUCUUCAUGCUACCCCAUCCGCUUUGAUGAAUCCAGCGGCCGAUUCGACCGCGGCGCUGUCAUUUGAUGUGCUCCGACAGCUUGUCCCUCCAACUAAUCUUCACCACGAUUAAUCAUUCUCAUGCUCAUAGCACCACCACGACCGCAACGACUUCUUCGCUUUUAGAUCACUGACACGAGUUCUCACUCAUCGACUGUUAAUUUCCUUUUUCUACGUUUUACACAUCAGCAGACAGACCCAUUCAUGGUUUUCAACUUUUCACGCUUUACAUGGUCCAACGAUGGAACCUCAUUCACCAAGGAGCCAACAUUACUCCUACUCUGCAUUAGGGCGCGCAUUAUUCUUUUCUUUCAUCUCAACUGCAUCUGCUUUGGCGAUUUCCGGACUUGCAUUUUGGCUUCUAAAACAUGUCUCGGGAGCAAGCUUUCCUGACGACUGUGGCGCAGUUCGCAAUAGACAUUUCGAUACCAGAUGUCUCGGCCUCUCAGUGGCUUCACCUUCGGGGACACAGAAUUACCCCUUUUUACCGAAGCCAUACCUUGGCCAGGCACAGCAUGACUCGCAUCUGUUACUCGGUACCCUAUUCGACAGCCUUUUUGAUACCAGUAUCCUAGAAUCAUGGAUACCUACCUAUAACAUCCCACCUGCGCAUAUUGUCGCACCUAUACCCCCUGACCUUACAAAACGGGAAUGGUUCACCUCUUUUCUUUGUUCUUCAUUACAUAUUCAAACAAACCCCUCCCACAAGAGAAAUGCUGGGAAGAUGGGAACUACAUAUCACCCUCAGGCCUGGAAUGUAUUUAUACCUUGUACGUAAUAGGCACAGGCCGCAAUGUCGCAGUACCAUGGAAGAUUGGUACUGCGAUUCUUUCUGUAAAUCUAGCUGGCGGAGCAGCGUGGAAGACGCACAUGGCUGGCGAAAAGUGGCUUUACUUGUUCAUCACUUGACAUGAGGAGUACCCUAGCUAGAUACCUGAAAAUGAGGGAUAAAACAGUUAAAAGUUAACAUGCUG